AUGAACCCCACGCUGGGCCUAGGCCUGCUUCUGGCUGGCCUCCUCACCGUGGAAGGUCUUCUGAAGCCCAGCUUCUCUCCCAAGAAUUAUGAAGCUGUGAGCCAGGACCAAGCAUGGAAGGGAAGAAGGGCAGCUCAGGAGAUAGCAAAGCGAAAUGCAGACUUUGGCUUCAAGCUGUACAAGAAGCUGUCUUCCAACAGCCCUGACAAGAACAUCUUCUUCUCUCCCUGGAGCAUCGCUAUGGCCUUCUCCAUGCUGUCCAUUGGUGCCCAAGACUCCACCCUGGCCGAGAUCAAGCAGGGCUUCAACUUCCAGAAUAUGCAAGAGAAAGACCUUCAUGAAGGUUUCCAUUACCUUAUCCAGAGGCUGAACCAGGAGAACCAGGACCGUAAGCUAGGCGUCGGGAAUGCCUUGUUCAUUGACCAGAAGCUAAAGCCAUUGAAGAAGUUUCUGACAGAUGUCAAGAACCUGUAUGAGGCAGACACUGUCCCCACCAACUUCCAGAAUUUGGAAGAUGCUCAGAAUCGAAUCAAUGACUAUGUCAGUCAGAAAACCCACAGGAAAAUCAAUGACUUGGUCAAGAAUAUAGACCCUGGCACUGUGAUGAUUCUUAUAAAUUAUGUUUUCUUUCGAGCCAGGUGGCAACAUGAGUUUGAUCCUAAAUCAACUAAAGAGGAAGACUUCAUUCUGGACAGAAACAAGGCAGUGAAGGUGCCCAUGAUGUUCCAUGGGGGCAUGUAUGAGGUUGGCCAUGAUGACCAGCUCUCCUGCACUGUCCUGGAAAUGCCCUACCAGGGCAACAUCACAGCCAUCUUCGUUCUUCCUGAUGAGGGCAAAAUGAAGAACGUGGAGGAAGCCUUGGGGUUGGACACUUUCUUCAGAUGGAAAGAAUUACUCUCUCGAAGGGUGGUGGAUGUGUUCGUGCCCAGGUUGUCCAUCACGGGUAGCUAUGACCUGAAGAAGAUGCUCUCCUACGUGGGUGUCACUAAAAUCUUUGAGGAACGUGGCGAUCUCACCAGGAUCUCCCCCUAUGAAAAUCUGAAAGUGAGCGAGGCGGUGCACCAGGCUACCCUGAAGAUGGACGAGAAGGGCACGGAGGGGGCCGCGGGCUCCGGAGCGCAGACCCUGCCCAUGGAGGCACCAUUAAGGGUCAAGAUGAACAGAAGCUUUCUGCUGCUGAUUCUCGAGAGGUUGAAUAACCUGCUCUUCUUAGCAAAGAUUGCUAAUCCUUCUGGGAAAUAAGGGGACAUCUGGCUUGCUGCAGACCUCCACCAGGGCCUGGGGUGGAAUAUGUUUUGUCUCCCUGGGUUUGAGACCACAGGGACUUUCUCAUCUAAUCUCCCUUAAUCAUAAGCUCCCAAGCCACUGCCCAAGCAGGCAGCACCACCGGCUCUCAGGGCUUCUGUGCGCCAUUCUUCUCCCUUGGCCCCCUCUCUGCCCACUCAAAUGUCAGACACCCCACCCCUACCCACUUGAU